GAUCACCAGCAGGGUCACAGCCUCUCUGACUCCACCUAAAACAACAGCUCAGCUCAGACGAAGACAUGGUGUCAAUCAAAGCCACAGUGCUGGGGAUCACGCUCCUUGCCGUUUGUCUACUGGCCACAAAUGCAUCUGCAGUGCGCCAUGGAUGCUGUCGAAAUUACAUGGCAAUCAAAAUACCAUUUGCUAACAUCAAGGGUUACUCGGUCCAGACUGUCACAGAGCUGUGUCCUAUCAAUGCCAUCAUUUUCCACACAAAGAGGGGUCAAGCAUGCACCAAUCCUGCUUUACACUGGGUGAUGGACUAUAUCAACCGCUUAAGGAGUAAAGCACAAUUGGUUCACAUCAAGACCGCACAAGCGCAGGAAUAAAGCUAUUCUGCUUUUUGAAGAGGGCCCGACCAGUUUUUCUGCCUGUUAUCCAGUAACCAGUGAACGCAUCAGCGAACUCCCGUUUGAAGCUAAUUUAAGAAGAAAAAAAGUAACAGGCAUCAGCUCAGUUUUAAGAGCCUUGUGUAAUACACGUUUUAUAUUCUUUGCUUUUAUAAAAUGUUGUAUUUGUACAUGUUGUAAUAUAGAAUCAUUAAA